ACAUGAACGCGAUGAUUGACAGCUGUCAGCGGCGGGACGCGGAGUUGAGGCGUUCGCGACGCGUUGACAGAGAAGAGCGCUGAUUUGACGCGUUUGCGGCGCACUAGAUGACGCGGCGGAGGGAUCGCGGAAGCGCUCGUGCGGUUUUCCUUUUAGAGAAAGCGCUUCUCUCGCGGAGCUCCAGGGGGAGGUGAAGCCGGCUGGAGACGUUCAGGUUCAGCUUCACUUCUCAAAGUUUCUCGCGAACUCUGCUGGUGUAUGAGCGCCGCUUCGGAACUCGCUCUCUCACAGACUGUCGCUCCAGCGCUCCGCUGCAGUCACACUGAUCGUUCUCUCCGGUGUCUAGGAUGUUAUCCAGCCAGAGCUCCGCGGCUCUGAGUGGAAGCGGAUCAGCGGCGGGGAAGAGCGCAGGCCACGGCGGGAUGGUGAUGGGCGCCGGGGUGCGCGCGGGGUUCGCUCGGGGGCUGGGGCCGAUGGGGUUUGGGAUCCCAGGGAGGUUCGAGCCGGAUAAAGAGGGACCCCCGCACGUGUGCAGCGGCUCCGACGCGGACUCUGACUCCGGCGAUGAGGACGAGCUCAUGGGGUCAGUCGGGGACAACCGGAGAGGAGGCGGCGUUAAGCGGGAGAGAGCGGAGAUGGAAGCCGCGAUGGUGGGACCUGAGGCCGGCUUGCCCUCCGCGGCGCUCGCGGCUGGAGCGUCUGGAGCGAAACCGGGCAAAAAGACUCGCGGCAGAGUGAAGAUAAAGAUGGAGUUUAUAGACAACAAACUGCGACGGUACACGACCUUCAGCAAGAGGAAGACCGGCAUCAUGAAGAAGGCGUAUGAGCUCUCCACGCUCACUGGGACUCAGGUUCUGCUGCUGGUGGCCAGCGAGACGGGGCACGUCUACACCUUCGCCACUCGGAAGCUGCAGCCCAUGAUCACCAGCGAGACGGGCAAAGCUCUGAUCCAAACCUGCCUGAACUCUCCAGACUCUCCGCCGCGCUCCGACCCGUCCAUGGACCAGCGCAUGAGCGCCACGGGCUUCGAGGAGACGGACCUCACCUACCAGGUGUCUGAGUCUGAGAGUCUGGGAGAAACCAAGGACGCUCUGAAGCCAGUGGGCAGCACCAGCGUCCCCAGCUCCACCAGCAGCCCAUCCUUCCCCAUCACCAGCUACCUGCCAGCCGCCGGGAACACAGCAAAGAGCACCGGAGUCAUGCAGCUGCCUGCAGGAUUCACCUUCAUGUCAGGCUCUCCGUUUGCUCCCGGGACUCCUGCGAUUCCUCUCGGUCAGAGCAUCACGGGGUCAUCGUCCGGUGUGUCUCAGGGGUCACCGCAGGGUCAGCAGGCCGUGUUUCGUCUGCCGGCCACCGUCUCACUGACCGGUGGAGGGAUGCCGCAGCAGCUCCAGAGCAUCCAGGUCCAGUCCAGCGGUCAGUCAAACUGCAACAGCUCCAGCGCUCCACAGACCUCAGGUACACAGACACACACAGACACAGACACACACACACACACACACACACACACACACACACACACACACACACACACACACACACAGACACACACACACACACACAGACACACACACACACACACAGACACACACACACACACACACACACACACACACACAGACACAUACACACACACAGACACACAGACACACAGACACACACAGACACACACACACACACACAUACAGACACACACACACAAAGUGAAGUGUGUGAGGAGCAGGUGUGGAGUGUUUCUGAUGAGCGUCUGUCUCCUGCAGAUGGUGAUUGGUCAGCAGUCCAGCGGCAGCAGCAGUAGUCUGACCGAGCUCCAGGUCAUUAAUAUGAACGCCUCACAGAACGCCAAAAACCACUGACCGCUCCACCACAGACUGACGCCGCUAUUUAUUAAUGCCUUUCUGAGACUGACCUCUACAGUCUACAACCACAGCACAAUCAGUGACAUGAAGCCAGACGUGUGUGUGUGUGUGUGUGUGUGUGUGUGAGUGUGAGUGUGUGAGUGUGAGUGUGAGUGUGUGUGAGUGAGUGAGUGAGUGAGUGUGAGUGAGUGAGUGAGUGAGUG